UUGCAUUCCAGUGAUCGGUAACGUUCUCAAAUAUUCUAAAUCUAUGGGAUAUUAGAUGCUACCUGUCUGGAGGAUCGGAGUAAUUGAAAAUAGAUUGUGUAUGAUAUUUAAAAUUGCUUCACUACCCAACAUAUUGACUGUCAGUGAGACGAUUCCACACUAGUACGAAGUGCAAUAACUAAGACUCGGGAAAACUAAAGCCAACGAGAGUAAAAGCGCACAUUAUUAGUUUACGUCUCUGGUAUAUAAGCUCGGAUUUCCCUGAGGAAACGGUUAAUAGGACACACUGUGGGGAAAGGAAUGGCGAAUUUGGAUGUUACAAACGUGAAAAAGGUUCUACUGUGUGUAGACCUGAGUCCCCAGGCUGAGUGGGCAUUCAACUGGUAUGUGCAGAACUUCCACAAGCCCGAGAACCACCUGGUCACGGUCCAUUGCCCAGAGACAUUCACCAACGUCACCAUGAUGAGUCCUGGAAGGGUAAGCGAGCUGAUCACGGAAUGCAAUGCGAAACUCGACGCGCUCAAAACAAAGUUCGUCUCCAAGAUGACGGAAAAUGGGAUCAAUGGUGAGUUCAAGGCCAUCGGCCUCGAGGGAGAUAUGAAGCCAGGCCAAGCCAUCGUGGACUACGCUGAGAAAUCCAAAGCCACGUUCAUCGUGACGGGAACCAGGGGCAUGGGCAAGUUCCGUCGGACCGUGAUGGGAUCUGUGAGCGACUAUAUCGUGCACCACAGCCCUUGCCCCGUCCUCGUGUGCCGCCAGAAGGAGAAGGAUCAUAAGGAGCAUAAGGAGCAUAAGGAUCAUAAGGAAAAGGGAGAUAAGCACUAGUGGCCGGUCGUCAGGCGAAACCACCGCCACACUGACCAAUAUCAACACGCCAGAAUCUCCAAACGUCGCCGCCGAAUAGCUGGCCUUAUUCAAUAUACUGUCGUAUUUUAUUUAGGUUGUCUUGAUGUAGUAGAAGCUUAUCGCAGUGUUAAGCUUCAGUGAUUAACUUAUCUCACUUGAUAGGUAUGUCAUGCUCUUUUCGCUUAAUUAUCUCGAUUAAAAUAUCCUUGAAUAAUGACCAAAAAAUAAAUAUAUAUAAAACCUAUGGAUAUGCAUGUAUUGUUAUUAAUAUGUUUCAAGUAUACACUCAUUAUAUAUAAUAAUAAAUGACACAAAGCAUGACACUUUCGUAACCAAGACUUAUAAUUUAUAUUAUCUCCAGUAGCGUGUUACAUGAAGUUUCCAAGUGAUUCGUGAAGCAUUUUAAAUUUUCUAAUUUUAAGUUGUCUUCUUUUACGCAACUCUUAAUGGCCUAUCUUAGUGCAUUCGAACUAGCUGGUUGGUGGUAUAAUCAAACUAUAUACCAGUAAAGCGAGAUAAUAAAAUGGGUUUCAAUGUAAUUUCAUGGCUAUUAAUAAUUGAUCAAGCGGUUCCUGGAUUGAAAGGCCAUUACCAAAGCAAUCACACAUCUUAGUAUAAAUGUGAACAUUACCAAGGGACGGUAAUAGUUUAAGAAUAUCUUGUGUGUAAUGUAUUUGCUGUAAGUGAACUUUAGUGUAAAAUGUGUGUACACCAUUGACUCAUUGUGCAUGCCUUCAUAAUUUGUGUUUAUACAAUGUCUAGAUGUUGGAAUAAAAUAAAGUUAUACUUGUCA